AUACACUUACAUACAUAUUUAUCAAUAAUGAUAAAUGAUAUCGUGUGUAAUCAUAACGCCAAAAAUAUUUUUGACUACUUGUAUGUGCGUAUGUGCGUAUGUGUAGCAGUAUAAAGUUUUGUUACUUCAUGGCUACAUUUCUGCAAGGAAGAAAUCAUUCGUUCGGUAACAGUCGUUUGGUCGGCGCCUUUGACUUGCUGGCGGUGUUUAAGUAGAUAUGUAUGUAUAUAUAUUUGUGUUGACAUAAUACGGGUGGGAGUAUGACUAACCAUUUCAUUCGCAGACUAGUGUACAUUUGAAAAUGUGGCUACAAUUUGGGUUUUUCACAAUUUGGUGUAUUUUACAAAACGCUGCGUCAAUCCAAGCAUCCCAACCCAACAAUGAAAGCAACCCAACGCAAGUAUCUCGUCCCUAUUUGCUAACGGAAAAUGGUUCAAAAAUUAUAGGUGGCUCGCCUGUGGGCAUCACAAGUGCACCAUGGCAGGUUUCGUUGCGUCUAAAGAAAAACGAGUUUAACUACGGCUAUGGCCACAUAUGUGGAGGAUCGGUGAUAACAACGCGUGUGGUUAUUUCAGCAGCGCAUUGUACCGUCAACUCCGCUGUUACACCACUCACAUAUCGUGCCGCCAGCGAGUUUACCAUAGUCAUGGGAUCUGUGUAUCUGUACGAGGUCACUCCAUAUACGCUGCAGUUCAAUGUACUGGAAGUGGUGCCAAAUCCUGAUUACGAUAGCACAACACUCCAAAACGAUGUGGCAUUGUUUUUCAUAGAUGGUUUGAUUCCUGAAAAUUAUGCAACUGUAGCACCAAUUUCGCUUAACCGACAGGCCUUGUCAGCGGGUGUCAAUUGUACGGUGACCGGUUGGGGCAUAACGGAAAGCGGCAUAGUUUGGCCAGAACUAUUGAGUGCUGUCGUUCCGAUUGUCGCUUCGUCGCAGUGCAACACCAGCUAUGAAGGCGCCAUUACUCAGGGUAUGAUUUGUGCUGGCUACCUGGAGACUGGCGGUGUAGACGCCUGUCAGGGAGAUUCUGGUGGCCCAUUGGCAUGCAAUGACACUUUGGCAGGUGUUGUUUCUUGGGGCAAUGGUUGUGCGCUGAGUGGCUACCCCGGCGUCUAUGCGAAUGUCUCUGAGUACUAUGACUGGGUCUUGCUGACGAACUCCACAUUUAAUUACACCUAUUACAGUGGUGCUAUGGGCCGAAGUUGUAGGCUGCAGCAACUGGUGUGGGGAAUUUUCUGUGUGUUGAUUAGUUCGAUAUGGGCAAAAGUGGCAUAGAUUUAAAAUGUGUUGAUUGGAGGUGAAUAUGAAAUUGCCAAGGAGGAGAGUUGUUGCGUAUGACUGUUGCAUAUUUUUGCUAUUUAUUUUUAAGUAGCGAACAAAUAAUAAUUAUUUUAUAUGAAACAGCUUUUACGUGUAUUUAACUAAAUACUUAAUUUUUUUAUAUUUACGUAAUCUAAAUAUUUAGGGAGAAACAAGUUAUUAUUUUUGUUGUUAUUAUACAGAG